AUUACAGUUGUGUGUCUCAGCUGGAAAAGCAGUCGAGGUUUUGAAAAAAGCGGAAUCCACAAUAACAAUAUGAGUCUCGGGGUGGCUAUACUGAUUCAUUUACUACUGUUGGUUGACAGGGCUUAUACUAAAAAAGGUGUCAAAUGUGGAGGAAUCCUCUCUGCUCCAUCAGGUAACAUUUCCAGUCCAAACUUUCCAGGUCUGUAUCCCUACAACAUUGACUGCGCCUGGCUGAUCGUGGUGGCCGAGGGUUCCUCUGUCCUCCUCACCUUCCACCAUUUUGAGCUGGAGUACCAUGCCAGCUGUGCUUAUGACUAUAUCAAAAUAUACAAUGGCAUAUCUGAGGACGAGGGGAACCUCCUUGGGAUAUUUUGCGGUGACAUUUCCCCACCUCAGUUUACCUCUUCUUGGAAUGUCAUGUCCAUUAUCUUCCAUUCAGACCGCCAUGUGGCCCACAGGGGCUUCAGCGUUGGCUACAGAAAAGACAUGUGUGGUGGAGUACUGACUGGACUAUCGGGUGUAAUCUCCAGUCCAGGCUACCCUCAAGAGUACAGCAACAAUGCAGACUGCUCCUGGACAAUCCAUGUGUCAAAUACGAGCGUUGUCACCUUGGUGUUCCUGGACUUCCAAUUGGAGAACAACGAGGGAUGCACUUUUGACUUUGUUGCCCUGUUCGAUGGGCCAACAGUCACCCACCGCCAUCUUGGCAAAUACUGUGGGAUGGAUAAACCUCUAAACGCAGUUACUACCGCUAACCAACUCCUUGUAGUCUUCAAGUCAGAUUUCAAUAUUGGAGGACGAGGCUUCAAGGCUUACUAUUACUCAGGUGAAUGUCAACAGGUCCUGUCAGUUGUGAGCGGCAACUUCACCAGCCCAAAUUUCCCCAACAUCUACCCAAACAACAUUAACUGCCACUGGAGCAUCACCCUUGAAGCCGGGUACCGCAUCAAGCUCUUCUUUCCUGUCAUGGACCUGGAGGGCCGCAACAGCCUGUCAGACGAGUGCGACUAUGACUCUGUGUCUGUGUACGACGGGGACAGCCAGGCGGACGCCCUGAUGGGACGCUGGUGCGGCAGGGAGCAGCCUCCUUCUAUCAUCUCAAAGGGAAACAAGCUGCUAGUGGUCCUCAGCACAGACAGAAAUGAAGCUCACAGAGGCUUCUCCGCUUCUUAUCUAGGAGUGGUGCCUGUGAACGUGAGCUGCACUAGAUCAGAGUUUACCAUCCUGAUCCCUCAGCAAUCGUUACCUCAGCUGGACCGUGAGAGCAUCUACCUUGGAAACCCAACAUGUACAGCUCAGCUUACAACCACCUCAUACAAAAUACUGGCUCAGUUUGUCAACUGUGGAACGGCCAGUCAGAAACACCGGAACAUCACCAUGCUUGUGAACAAGCUCUACAUUGAUUUCUCAGAUGGAAAGCAGCAAAACGUGCAAGAAUACAAGGUGCAGUGCGACGCCUUACGGAAGGUCGCGUCUGUGUCCAUCAUUUCUGCAGAGGAGCGGCGGCUGGAGGAGCAGGCCCUGCAGACGGACAGUGACAGCAGCGCAUACGCUGUAGAACCACAGGCAGAACCCCAUGACUUGAGCGAUAUUGUCUUCAUCAGCAUCUGUGUUCUUGCUGUCAUCCUCAUGGUGAUAGCCAUUGUUUGGUUGGUGCUGCUUUAGUAGACAUCAUCAAUAGGUCCAGGUCUCAACAUACGCUCAUACAAAAAGGAAAAUACUAAAUUAAUGUUAACACUGCUUCCUACACAAAGUUUUUUGUUUUUAAUGCAUUUCCUCAUCUAACAACUACUAAAAUUGAUGAGGCCUGAAAGGUAAUAUGUAUUCAUUUCCAAAACUUUUCCAUGAAUAAUGCAAUAUUAAUGCUGUAAAGCAUUUCAAGUGUUCAGGAACUGCAUCCCACAUCUUGACUUGGUAUAUCUGCACUUAAACUGUACAAACUGAUGUUGUUAAAGUUAAUUAAAUUUUCCAAACCAUUUAGCAAACAUUAGAGACAAAACUGAGAUUUCAAAAUAAUGUAUAUUCAUCCGCCGUUA